GGGGUUGCAGGCUCGCCUUGGCUCCGCUGCGCACAUCAUGGAACUUCCUCCAGUCGUUUCGUUCACUUGGCAGGUAGCCUGCGCUCCGGGCACGUGUUCCGUGGACGGCUAAGGUGCGCUCUUCCGUGCCCGGGAUUGCUGACAGCACGCCGCUUCUGGUUCGAUUGGAGUGCACUGCACACAUCUCUCCGGUAGGCGACUCGCUUACGCUCCAAGCCUGACGUGUAUGUGUACAAGAAGGAAAUCAUUGCCAAGUGAAACUCCGCAUUCUCACGCUGCGAUGCUGGAGGGACUUUACUUUUGGAUUUGGUGGAUACUUCCUGAGAAGCAUCGGCAUUUUCAGCGCUCUCUCUACUAGACGUUUUGCCACAGGCAGGCGCCGACCAGGAGGUUUUACUAUUUGAGAAGAGCUGACCCGCAGAAGUUCCUUUUCAAAUCUACACCGAAGACUUUUUGGGGGAAUUGGUGGCUAAAGGAAAAGUUGCGUGUAUCUGGGAAGUACGGGAACAUGGGUACUUUAAGGGAUCUCCAGUAUGCACUACAAGAAAAGAUAGAGGAAUUAAGACAGAGGGAUGCACUCAUCGAUGAGCUAGAGCUGGAGCUCGACCAGAAGGACGAGCUGAUACAAAAGCUGCAAAACGAGCUGGAUAAGUAUCGCUCUGUGAUCCGGCCGGCUACCCAACAGGUCCACAAGCAGACAACGUGCGUAUUGCAGGAGCAACAGAGGACCAAGAGGCAGGCGAUUUCAGCCGAGCCCACCGCCUUUGACAUCCAGGAUCUGAGCCACGUAACGCUGCCUUUCUACCCCAAGAGCUCACAAUCCAAGGAACUAAUAAAAGAAGCAAUCCUGGAUAAUGAUUUCAUGAAAAAUCUUGAGCUGUCUCAGAUCCAAGAAAUAGUGGAUUGUAUGUAUCCAGUAGAAUAUGGAAAAGACAGCUGCAUCAUUAAAGAGGGUGACGUUGGCUCCCUGGUAUAUGUCAUGGAAGAUGGUAAGGUGGAAGUAACCAAAGAAGGCAUGAAAUUAUGCAUUAUGGGGCCUGGAAAGGUGUUUGGUGAAUUGGCUAUCUUAUACAACUGCACUAGGACAGCUACAGUAAAAACACUCACCAACGUGAAGUUAUGGGCUAUCGAUCGACAAUGUUUCCAGACUAUAAUGAUGAGGACUGGGUUAAUCAAGCAUGCCGAAUACAUGGAAUUUUUGAAAAGUGUUCCAACCUUCCAAGGCCUACCAGAAGAAAUAUUAAGCAAGCUAGCAGAUGUACUUGAAGAGACUCACUAUGAUGAUGGAGAGUAUAUCAUAAGACAAGGUGCCCGUGGGGAUACAUUCUUUAUCAUCAGCAAAGGGAAGGUGAAUGUCACACGUGAAGACUCCCCCAAUGAAGAGCCCAUCUUUCUCCGAACUUUGGCAAAAGGAGACUGGUUUGGAGAGAAAGCUCUUCAAGGGGAAGAUAUAAGGACAGCUAAUGUUAUUGCUGCUGAAGCCGUGACCUGUUUGGUUAUUGACAGAGACUCAUUUAAACAUUUGAUUGGAGGUUUAGAAGAUGUUUCCAACAAAGCCUAUGAAGAUGCAGAAGCGAAGGCAAAGUAUGAAGCCGAAAAUGCCUUCUUCUCCAACCUGAAACUUGCAGACUUUAACAUUAUUGACACACUAGGAGUUGGAGGAUUUGGACGGGUGGAACUGGUGCAACUAAAAAGUGAAGAAUCCAAAACAUUUGCCAUGAAGAUCCUGAAAAAGCGGCAUAUAGUGGAUACUCGGCAGCAAGAACAUAUUCGGUCAGAGAAGCAAAUAAUGCAAGAGGCACACUCUGACUUCAUUGUCAGGCUAUACAGAACUUUCAAGGACAGCAAGUACUUGUACAUGCUAAUGGAGGCAUGCCUGGGUGGAGAGUUGUGGACCAUUCUCAGGGACAGAGGUUCAUUUGAAGAUUCCACCACUCGGUUUUACACAGCCUGUGUUGUGGAGGCUUUUGCUUAUCUACAUUCCAAAGGAAUCAUAUACAGGGACCUCAAGCCAGAAAACCUCAUUCUAGAUCACAGAGGUUAUGCUAAGCUGGUAGAUUUUGGUUUUGCUAAAAAGAUAGGAUUUGGUAAGAAAACAUGGACAUUCUGUGGUACGCCUGAGUAUGUAGCCCCAGAAAUUAUCCUAAAUAAAGGCCAUGAUAUUUCUGCCGAUUAUUGGUCCCUUGGGAUUCUAAUGUAUGAACUUCUUACAGGCAGCCCACCAUUCUCAGGGCCUGACCCCAUGAAAACCUACAACAUUAUACUUCGAGGUAUUGACAUGAUUGAAUUUCCAAAGAAGAUUACCAAAAAUGCUGCUAAUUUAAUCAAAAAACUAUGCAGGGACAAUCCAUCUGAAAGGUUAGGAAACUUGAAAAAUGGUGUCAAAGAUAUUCAAAAGCACAAGUGGUUUGAAGGCUUUAAUUGGGAAGGCUUACGGAAAGGAACGUUAACACCUCCUAUCAUACCUAAUGUUGUAUCUCCAACUGACACAAGCAACUUUGACAGUUUUCCUGAAGACAAUGAUGACCCACCUCCAGAUGACAAUUCAGGAUGGGAUACAGAUUUUUAGUCCACAAAUUUCUAUACUGCUUCUGCAUUGCCUAGGAUGGCUUCUCUGGAAUACAGCAGCCAGCAAAAAACUGAAUCCAAGAGAGAGAAAUCUAUUACAGGAAGAUUAGUGCUUUGGGUCACCAAGAUGCCUUCUCUGAUGCUGCGAAACAUUACAGUGGCAUUAGGACUUAUGCUUAUAUAAAAGUAGCGUUCCCUCAGUGUUUUGCAUUGAAUUUGUAAUCACUAAUAUGGUGGUGAUGGAGCAGUGUCUUUUUAUUUUUUUUAAAUACCUUUAGCCGUAAAUGAGGCUUUCUUUUAAAUUAAUCUCCUAAUCUGUACAACACACUUUACAAUCUUAAAAUGAACAUUAAAUCCAAUAUCUGAAGCCCGUACUGUCUGCUAUAUUCAGACUUUAGUCUUUAGCUUAGUUAAAUGAAAGCAAAAUGAACUUAACAUUCUUGAUGCUGCAGUGUUCUUAAUGCCUCAGUAACUGGUCUGCUCCAAUACCACUAGGAGACAUUGAAUGUUAUUGGAUCACAAAUGACAGAGUAGCUUGAAGACAGUUUAUUACAGGGUAGUCCAUCUGUUUCAGUGCAAUUAACAGGUUUGUUUUUCUAUUCUACUUCAUAUUUUUUUUCCUUUUUAGAUUUUUUGCAUCCCUCAUAAGAAUAAGUGGCAUAGAAAAAGGAAAGAAAUGGUUGAAAAAUUGUAUUUUUGUUCAUUAAGGUAUGAAUAAUUGAAACUAAGCUGUAUGAGCAGCUGCAGAAUUGUUCCUACUAAAAUCAGUAUUAAAGUUUAAGACCAGUGGAUGGACGGUGAACUGAAAUCAUACGGAGUACAGUGAAAUUCUAUUUAAGUGCAUAAAACAGUUUUGCAGAAAAAAAUACACCAUGGGGUCAACCAAAGUAGAUCUAGUUGUUCUUUCACAUAUUCACUCAUAAUAUAGCAAUUUUAAUCAAAGUAAUGCAUAAUCUGAACAGGUGCAAAUUACAGUGUUACCAGAAAAAUGUUCAAAAUAAAGUAAAAUUUUAGUCACAGACCUCCUUGUAUUGAAUGUAUUGCACAGUACUCAAAAUCAAAAUAAUUUUUGUAUAUGAUAAAAUACAUUUUUAUUGCUUUCAUAUACAACUGUUUAAAGAUUAUUCAUAUUAGGCACAUAAAUCAGGACAGAAAAACUAAAGAGUAAAAUAUACUAUUGUCCUAACUAGAUACAAGUAACUAAUUCAGUGCACAGUCCAGUCCACUGUGUGGCCACGUGACAUGUGACAACUACUUUGUCACCGAUGUGUCACCCGCCCCAGGACUGAGGUAUAUCUGCCGUGCCUCAGCAUACAUACAGUGUGUGUAAACUCUGUGUAUGUAUGUAUACUGUAUGUAUAUUCACAUGCAUUCAUAAAAUUGACUUAAAAAGCACAAAAUAUUUGUUUUUAAAUAUAACAAAUGUAUCUAUAUUAACUAUUUAUCUCUAUAAAACCCCUGGGUUUACAUGACAGGUUGCAUAAACUCAGAUAUAAUGUUAAGACAUUAAUCUCACAAUGGAUUAUUUUUGUACCAUUUAUUAACAUAUCAGGUAAUCUUUUAGAAUAGCGACUGUCUUAUUAGGCAUAUAUUGUGCACUUAUUUGUGAGUAAUUAUUAUGUAUUGGCACCAAAAUGUGGCUUCUUAGGUACAUGUAAUGUUGUUUUCAUGGUUUAAUAUGGUUUAGGCAGUUUCUUUUAUUGCUAAAAAUAAUUCAGUAAAAUGUUAUAUUUUAUAAGUAAUAGUUAAUUUAAUAGAUACGUUUAUAUGUAAUAAUGGCAGUUUUUUAUGUAAUGUGCACUGAGCUAUAUUUAAAUAAUGAAAUGUGCUACAUUAAUAAAUGUAUUAUUGUUAUAAUUGUGUCAAAUGUUAUGAAAGCACACGUGAACAACAAUACAAUUGCCAUAAUAUAUUUGCCUAGUAAGAGUUUGGUGCUAAUGCCAUUAAGAAGGGAAUGACCACAAAUAAGUACACAAAUAGAUUCCUAAUAACGCUGAUACCUUUUCUGUAGUAUUAAUAUUUUGACUAUUAUUUUUAGUUUUAUGAUUUUUUUUUUUUUGAUCCUGAGUCACUUUUUAUUUUAAAGACCUCUCAAGAUCAUGAAUAAAUGUGUAAUAAAUACCAAACUGUUUAUUAGAUGAAUAGAAGAACACAAUUAACUUGAUUUAUAUACUUUAAAAAUGAUAACUACAUAAAGCAUUGGCUUAAAAGUAUAAGAAAUGCUCUUAACAUUUAUUCUCGUCGCUAGACAAGUUCACUUUACAGAUGAUGUAGCAGGUUCUUUUAAAUGAGGUGAUGCUGAAGGGACAUCGGAGGUGCUGUGAAGUGCAGUUUAGUGAAUAUGAGACGUGCGCCACCAGAUGGCAGCAUGCGACAAAAAAUGAAGGCUAAACCACCGACUGAAGAAUCUUAACUAUGUGGCUGCAAACGUACGCUGAUAUUUCAGAAAAUGAGUUGUGUACAUUUGCUCAGACACCUGUGUUUUAUUUCACGGCUUUACGUGUCAUAGUUUGUCUGAUUUUCACCAUUAUACCUCCAUUUCCACUGAGACUAAUUGCAUUUGCUUGCAAUAACAAUAAUGCAGACUCAUUUUUCCAUGUUUUCCAUUGAAUUAGCAGGUCUUAUUCAGGAGUCAUCUUGAACAUGCACAUGUGUGUGUGUGUGCGUGCGUGCGUGUGUGUGUGUGUGUGUGUUUCACACUCACAACAUUUAAGCAGAAUCCAGUGGUGUAUGUGCAAUGAAUAUUUAAUAUAUUCCUUGAAACUCUAGGUGCAGAAGCUCUGUAACUAACACAGUGCUAUGUUAGCAAAUGGAAUAAUCUUAUUUAACAUUAGGACCACAGGUACAUAUUUAUGUAAAUAAAUAUUUUAGUGUCAAUAUUUUGUGAUACAUGAAUAACAUUUUUUUUUUAGUUUCCUAUCAUUAUUUCUUCAUUUAAAUAAUUGUGAUCUAUGUGUUGUCCUAGGUUUCAACAUGUCUACCACAGACUCUAUUUGCUGUUUCAUUCUAGAUUAGAAAUUGUCAUAUGGCUGUUCGGCAUUGUUGCAAGUGCCUUAAAUAGAUGGCAUCCAAAAAAACAAAAAAAAAAAAAACUUUCAGAGUUGGUGUAAUGCUGCAUGACAAAGUCAGACACCUCAAAAUGUUGUCCUUUCUUAGCUUGCUGCUUUUUUUACGGUACCUUCAGCUCUUUAUAAGCCUUUCUUACAAUAAAAUGUAGCUUUUAAAAUAUACUUGUAUAAAGUGAUUCCCUUAAUUCUGUGGCUAAGGUGUUAACUGUGUGAAUUAAAUUUUGCCUCAUUUCUGUGAAAUGCAUAGGGCUUGUUCAGGUUGGCUCCAAGACGUAGCGUCCUCUUGCCUGUUUUGGUAUUUGUGAAAGCAGAUGCCAAAAUGCAACAAGUGAAAGAAAAAGAAAAACCAAUGAUUUGCAGAUUGUGAUCUUUUUUCACUAUUAAGUCAAUUUAGUGUGCUGAUCUGUUUAUAUUUUAUGUAUGUAACCUUAUGUUGCAAAUAAGCAAAAAAUUAUGAACAAGUAAUAGCUCAGACUUUUAACAAAAGAGGGCAAGGAAAAUACUACUUGUCUUGUAUGAACAAUGAUGAAGUAGUCAACCUGAAUAAGGAGCCUUUUAAAAACAGCAAAAGGAGGGAUCUGCGGGGUUCGGCAAUGAAAGUGACCUAUGCAACUUAUAUGUCCUCAUUGAAGACACACUGAAUAUCCAAAUUCCACAUUUUGUGGCUUCAUCAUCACAGGCCAUCUUCCGCUGGCUGACAUGUUCAUAGUCAACUGAAAUCAUUUGUGUGGUCAUUCAGAUACGGAGCAACUUGAAUUUUUAAAGUUACAGUUUUUCCGGUACUGAAUUAACAGUAAAUGUAUCUGACACAAGAUUGAACACUUUCAUGGCCUAAUAGAAUCUUAUUAAACAGUGACAGGGGAUGUUUGGAAAAUGUUGAAAGAAUUACUGCAUUUCAAACAAAGAAAGUACUGCAAUAACAAAAUAGGUUCCUUAAUGUCACUUGUACAGAGUACAGUGAAACUCAGACUUGAUUGAAGGAGUACCCUCUAUAAUGAAAUGACUAUUAUUAAGUUCAAUACAAAAAAAAUGAACUAGUGGGAAACCACUCACCUUACGGAUAUGAGCAGAAGCAUCUGACUGUCCCAGCAUGUUUAUCACGUAAUGUCAUAAGUUGUGACUCUGCAGGAAAAAAAAAACAUUUGAGUGAGUAUUGAGCUUCAACAAGCAGACACAAUUUGUUAUCUUACACUUUUAUGUGAAAAGAAAGAAUUGUAAGAAUUACAAAUUUACUUUACUCUGUGACCCUAAUAUGGAUUAGGAUUGUUCAAAAAUAAAUGGACAGGUGGCUAAAGUUACAGGAAUCUGGCCAUUAGAUGGCAGUGUGUGAUGGCAGCAUUAUUUCACAAAAUUACAAUAUUCCUUUCUGUCACAUCUUGUAUAAGCAACAAUUAUAAUCUUGUCAAAUAUUAUAACUUAUUAAAACACUUGUUCUGUUUGCACUGUUAAUGUAGUAAUGUUAGUGAGACUCUGAAAAAGUCUGUUUUGUUAUAUACAUUUUGUAUUAAAAAUACUAUUUUCCCCAGUGUACAACAAUUAGUUUUUGUUUUUUGUUUAGUUUUGUUUUAUACUUUAACCACCUUGAUUUCAUAUCUAAUUAUGAUCAAGUACUUAUUUUUGUCAAAAAGCAAUGUCUGUCAUAAAGUAAUCAGUUGCACUCAA